AACAGCAGCAAACCGAGAUACCACAGCCACUAGUCAGGCAUUUCUUAAACGAACGCACGCGUCUCAUUCAUUCGAAUCUCUCGACUCUUUGUUUGUGAUCGACCAAGGUGAUCGGCUUUUAUCGAUCUGAAUAGAUUAUUCGAACACCAUGCCUUUCGCGGAUUCCGGCAAUGUCAACGGGAACAGAGUGUAUCAACCACUGAAGCGGCGGGCGGAAAAUGAAUUCUUACACGCGACGGUCAAGCACUCAAACCACACCACAUACACGUUCGAAGCUCUGCAGGAGUCGGCGAAAUAUUUCCUGGACCGCGUCAAGAUUAGACCAAAAAUUGGAAUUAUAUGCGGCUCUGGAAUGGCAGGAUCAAAUGAGCAAAACGAGUUGUGUCCAGGUUCGCUCGCGGAUUCGCUCGAGGAGAAACAGUGCUUCCCCUACAAUGAAAUUCCACACUUUCCCGAGUCCACGGUCGAGGGUCACCAGGGUCAGAUGGUUUUCGGUUAUCUCCAGGGUGUGCCAAUCAUGUGUAUGCAAGGCAGAUUUCAUUACUAUGAAGGCUACCCACUGUGGAAGUGUGCAAUGCCAGUAAGAGUUAUGAAGCUGGUAGGCGUGACCCAUCUGAUCGCGACGAACGCCGCGGGAGGUCUAAAUCCCACGUAUAAGGUUGGCGACAUUAUGAUGGUGAAGGAUCACGUGAACAUGAUGGGUUUUGCAGGGAACAACCCUCUUCAAGGGCCAAACGACGACAGGUUUGGUCCUAGGUUUCCGCCGAUGAACAAGGCUUACAACGUCGAGCUAUUAAAAAUGGGUGAAGAAAUAGCUGAGGAGAUGGGUAUCACUGGCAUUAUGCACAAAGGCGUGUACACGUGUCUCGGGGGACCGAAUUUCGAGACCGUGGCCGAGCUCAAGAUGUUACGAAUGAUCGGCGUCGAUGCAGUUGGAAUGUCUACGGUGCAUGAGGUGAUCACUGCCAGACACUGUGAUUUGACUGUAUUCGCGUUCAGUCUGAUCACGAAUCAGUGCGUCACGGAUUACGAGACUCACGAGCAAGCGAAUCACGAGGAAGUGAUAAACGUGGGAAAAACGAGGCAACCGUUGCUUCAAGAAUUCGUGUACCGUAUGGUGCUGCGGUUACGAGACAUGCUGUUGGAGACGCAAUGACUCGCGUGAUUUAAACGUUCACCGGGCCGUUUCUCAGCUUACUCUUCGCGACUGUUGCACAAUGAACGAAGAAUCCAGGGAAAUACCGGCUUACAAAUUAAUAAAAAGGGAGCGACGGGUGCUGAACGCAAUGCCGAUUUAAUCGAACGCUGCAGUGAAAUCCGCGAGUUUCAUUCUCGAUGUGGAUCGGCUUGCCUCGGGGAAGAUUUUCCAGGUGAAAAGAGGGUUCAAAGGCCUGUGUCGGACGACGCGACGCCAACAGCUCGUGACGAUUCGAUAUCCAAGUAUCGCAUUGGUGUUCCAGAUGGAAAACAAACUGUCGACCACUUUAGAAUGCCAGUUCCUUCUUCUUUUCCCAGCUCAUCAUCCGAACUGUGCGAUAAGCAUCGGAUAAGAGAGAUCAGAUUAAAUCAGUAUUUAACAGUAUUUCACCGAGCGAAUAAGGCGUCGUCGGUUUAUCCGGCUUAUCAGUGAACUAUUCAUCGGGAUUCAACCGCGUUCCCUUUAAUAACAAUUUCGCCGCAGGGUGUACAUAGCAGGUAUACGCGUAUUCAGAAUCCGUUUGAAUUCGAGAAUCGGCUGCGCGUAGUUUCUGAUCUCAAUUGAUUCGUUACGCGUCUUGAGGGAGCUCGUUUAGCUUUAAGAAGAGGGAACGGUUUAAGGGCUGGAGAGGAUGGUAAAUGCGCCACCUUCCCUCCCCUCGGCGGAACUCUCGUCGAUUUUUCUCCCUCGCUUCGUUACCUUCAUCUCUUACCGUGCUCUUCCAUCGCUAAUGCAUCGGUGUUCGGGUUCGAUAAAUCUCGAGCGGUGAAGACCAUACUGCCGCGGCCCUUCUUCUCUCCUCGUUUUCUGCCGCAGUUGCUCCUUUCGGAUUACCAUCCCCGCGAUUAAAUUAUGACGUGACGUCGCAUCGGCGAAGACGAUCGCGAAAAAGUCACCGAUAUCCAUCGUUUCGCAUGCGGAAAUGAAAAAUAUUUAGAUUGUAAUGCGAAUCCUGUGUUAGUAAUCUAGUUGUUGAUUGAACCAAAUGCGGUAUAUUGGGUAUCUGCUGUACUGUAAUUUCAUUGACAGUUUAUUUAACAAUGAUGAGUCGAGAUGAAACACCGAUGUGCAAUUGUAAUACAUGUUUGUAAUAUAAACGUAUAAUACAGAGACAAGUGAAGUAAUUU